UUCCGUAUAUUGGAAAAGAGGCAGCGAAGUGACAUCAAAAGGCCAUAAAAACUACAAAAACAACCUAUUCGUUGCAACAAACGUCUGUCUGACAAAUCUGAUUCAACUAGGUUUGAACUUAUUUAACUACCGCGAGUAUCUGCCGUUAAAUAAAAACAGCGUUAAUUAUGGAAGUGCUGCUGGAAGACGAGCCUCCUGGCGGAGCCUUAGCGGGGAUCCAGGGAGCCAAACCCGGAGAGGAGCUGAGCGCCUCUGAAGAAGCUGUGGCGUUCAUGUCCGGCAUUGAGCCCGCAGGGCUGCUGAAGUGUGUGUUUCCAGACUCUCUGGUGACUGUGUCGGAGGGCGGCCGAGACCUGGGGAAGUUCAGUGUGACGGCGGAGUUUGCCCGGAGAGACCAGCAGACCUGUAUGCUGCUGCAUGCUCAGAGCCAGGGAGCCAUCGAUGACUCCCCCUGUGGAACUACAGUGACAGCCUACCUAACCACGGACCUGGAGGUGCUGGAGGAAGAUUUCCAUGAGUAUGUCAAGCUGGAGGGCCACAGUUUGGACAGGAGGUGUCACAUGGUGCAGCAUGGCGGGCAGAUGGUGAUCAAUAAAGUUACCACUGUAGGAGAGGAGACGACGAAAGAGAGUGUUUCUUAUCCAAUGUCUUUGCUAAGAGGGCUGGUUACCGAGGGGUCCAGCUUUCUGCUAAUGCGCCUGACCGCUCUUAGGAAGAAGGUGCCAGAACACAUGACCUUCAUCUCCUUCGACCAGGGAUUACACAUCAUCCACACCACCUUUAGCGAGCUGGGUCUGAAGCAGCUGGAGGUUGGGGGUGAGACCGUGGAGGUAUUUGGGGUGGAGAGGAUUGUUCACUCUGUGGAGGAAAGCCCCACUACCUGGCAGUGCCACUUCCUGGCUGACGGGCACUUGGCCAGCAGAGUGCAGGUGGGAUCACCGGUCACCAUGAGGCUUCUGCAGCUGCCAUCACAGCUAGAGAAAGGUUUUGAGAAGAUCCCUCUGGUUUGGGAAGAAGACAUGCAGAUGCGCUCCAAGUUCUUGGACAGAAAGGAGGAGCUGAAGGCGGACCAUGCCUCGUACCUGAGACAGCAUCCAGAGAUCCGUGCUCUUAUAUCUGACUUCCUGCAGUUUUUGCUACUGAGGAAACCAGAUGACAUCUUCCAGUUUGCCAGAGAGUUCUUCCUCCCUUUUGCUUCCCGCCGUCCUCCAGAACCAAUCCUAAAAGCCCCCUCCCUCUGAAAGCACACACCAGGUCUCAUGAGCUAUAAACAGCCUUUCUAGAGCUUCCUGUUCAUGUAUCCUUUUAACUGGAGAUUGAAUUGAUUAAAAAAUUGCAGUUGUGUCUUUUUUCUUGAGCGACAGGUGACUAGUAUUAUAGAAGGAAACAUGGUGGAGAUGAACUAUUACCUUUAAAACCUGAUCCUUCACCUGAGAUGUGUGUUAAUGCUUAAAUGGAAUUUAGUGAUCUGAAUAAAGUUUGUUUCAAACAGUU